UAUUGAUGAAAUUACUACCUUGUGUUUUAUUCUUAUUACUUGAUCAUGUCAUUUUAUCAUUAGCAGACGCUGUUGCUCCUAGAGCUUUCAUCAGUUGUUCUCUAGUAUUGGAAAAGGUGUAUUGUUUUGGUGGUAAUACUGGUCAAUAUCAAGGAUCCAAUUUUCUAAACCCUACCAAUGACUUUUUCUCACUUGACAUGAGUAGUUUUGACUUUAAUGGGAAUUUAACUACCGCGCAAUCUAACUGGACAAUCAUCACAGGCACCACUGGAUCAAGUCUUGUGGAAGCCAGAGGUGCUGCUUUGACUUCAAGUAUCGCUAAUCAUGGCAAAUUCAUCGUUUAUGGAGGUGGUGCUAGCAAUUUUCUUUACAAUCCUCUCAUUGAAUUCGAUCCACCAAGUAAUACAUGGACUUCCAUCCAGGAUUAUGGACAAUAUACAGCAAUUGGUGGUAUCGUGAACAAUGAUAAUACUCAAGAUUUAUGGACCUGGGGUGGUAACAUAAAUGAUACUAGUUACCAUGCUGAUAACGUCGUAUACAACUAUAACUAUGGAGCGAAUCAAUGGACUGCAAUUCCUGGAGAUACUGUCAACAAAAAUGUUCGUUACGCAUAUACAGCCACUAUGGGAUCUGAUCAUGUCAUUUAUAUCAUUGGAGGAUUUGAAAACACACCCCUUACUAACUCUGAUAAUGGUCAAGGUGUAGAUAUGCACCAAGUACGAUGGUUUAAUACCAAUACAUCCGCUUGGGGAACUGAUACCGCCACUUCCAAUCAGAAUGUCAGCGCACGUGCAUACCACACAGCAACUCUCAUUCCUGGAUCUACUAAAAUCUUGGUUUAUGGUGGAAGUGUUUUUGUUGGCCAAGUCAAUACCAUUCCUGAUGAUUAUGCCUAUUCAUACGAUUAUGCUGCUAAACAGUAUACUCUACUUAAUCUUACGGGUGGCGCUGGAAAACGAUCUGCACAUGCUGCUGUUAGUUACAAGAAUUAUAUCUUCAUUAUGUUUGGAUUUGAUCAAAAUUUACAACUACAUAGAGACGUCAAUAUCAUGGAUGUAAGUAAUGCAUCGCAGCCUGUAUGGCACAGUCCUCCUCCAACCAAUAGCAGUAGUGGUGACAUCCCAUCCGAUGGAAAUAGUAAUAACAAUGUAGAUUCUCAAGGUUUAUCUACUAAUGCUAUUGCCGGGAUUGCUGUAGCAGCUGUGGUGGUCGGUCUUGGAGCCAUAGCUGGGGGAUUAUUCUUUAUGUAUCGCAAGAAAAAGCAAAAAAGACAAUUUGAAUUGGAAAAAUUGGAUCCUCGAUCUCAUAUACCUAUUUAUGAUCUUCCUGAUCAUACAACGGAUACACCCAUUUACACCAACAAUAUCUCCAGCGUGCCAUCCCCCUUUUUAGAUAAUAAAAAGGCAAUCGAUGAUCACACUCGACUACCUGAAAACUUCCAUCAAGGCAUCACAGAAACCAUCAAACCUACUGUUUAUCAAUCCACUGAUUACAGUAAACCUCAUGGUGAUGAAUAACAUCCCUUUUUUUUUUUAUUAUUAUCCCACUUUUGUGUAUUAUUAUUUCGAAAAUAUGUAUCAUAUUAAUUUGAAUAAACUCUAUAAUUUAUUCAUCUAGUUA